AUGGACCACUCGGACCCGCUCUUUGGCGCACAGCACGCCGCGUUCGCGUUCCAGCUCGACCCCUCGACUUCUCCCCACCUCGCCAACCUCGACGCGAAUAACUCGGGCCUGUCGUCCGCGGGAAGCUCGGGAUGGGGUCAGCACGGUCACCAGCAGGAUCACUUUGCGUCGGGACUCUCACAGGACGAUCUCGCGUGGGUCGAACAGCAGCUCUCGCUCGCCGCAACCUCGUCCCCUCCCUUGUUCGGGUCGAGCACGGCACCUUCUCUCCCCGCCGUACAUGAGCAAGCUCCAGCGCAACCACACGCCUUUCCGCCCGUCUCGGCAGCGCGGUUCCAUCCGUACCAGCUGCCGCCUGAACGAGCGCAGCGUCUUCGCCCUCCCGGUCCUUCCGCGCAAAUCAACCUCGCCUCGACCGUCGCGCAACAUCCAACUCCUCCUCAACCGCAGCGACAGCACUCCUUCCCCUACCAGCCUCAGCAGCAACAACUUUCGCCGGCGCAUGGCGGCUUCAGCGGAGGAGACGGACUCAACUGGCCCAGCUUUUCCUCCUUCGCGCCGUCGUUCGCACCCGUUCCUGCACCUCCCGCACCUUCACUGCCGAAGCCUCGUCAACUCGUCCAGUACCCGCCUCACGACUCGCCCUCUCCCCUUCUCCUUCCCGACGAGCCGACUCCGCCUUACCCCGCCGCGCCCCAUGCCUCGCCCGCCACACCCAGCACCCUCCCCAACGCCUACAGCUCGCCUCAGCCUUUCUCAUCGGCACCUACUUCGACAAACGUAGCACCCACACCGCGGCGUCGUCGAGCCCGUUCCGCUCCUCCGCCUCCUCGUCCUUCCUCCGCCUUGCGCCCUGCAACCCUUCCACCCGCCGAAACCGACUCGACGAAAGACACUUCGCGCGCCUCACAACUCGACGAACUCUUCACCUGGCUCGACGCGCAACGAUGGUCCUUCUCGACCCUCUUCACCGCGCUGUCCGACCUCUCCUCCGCUUCCGCCUCCGCUACAAGCGGGAGUGACCGAACACUCGCCAUGGAGCACAAGAGACGGAUGGAGGACUUCCUUUCGCUCGACGAGCCUUUGUCCCUUUCCUUUACCGCUUCUUCCGCCCCUUCAAGCGCCGACUCCCUCGCCCUCCUGCGCGAAGCCAAACGCCGCUGGGCUCUCAAGCGCGACUCCUCACUCGCCGAGGUCGAGAAAGGACCGGACGAGAUCGUGCGGAUGUGGGAAGACCUAGGCGGGUUGGGACGGAAGAGGGAGGGCAAUAUGCAGAGCGCUGUGAGGGAGUUGAGGGCGAAUGUGCAUGAUGGGGCUGUGGCGGGAUCGGUCAUUCGACGGAUUAUCAACCGGUAUGGAGAGGCGUACAACGAAGCUGCGAGCGACAUCAAGCGCCUCGACGCGGCCCUCUCGCAACCUCCCACUCCACACCUCACCUCCGCCCCUCGCGAAGCCUCUGUCUGGACCGGCACGCUCGUGAUCCCCAGCACGCAGGCGGACAUCCUGCAGCAGUGGUUGAUGAGUCCUGCGCGGCGGGAAGGGCAGAGGGAGAGGGGACAGAUUGAUCCGGAGCACAUGCGCAUCUACUCGUCGCUUUCGCCGCUGGACUUGCACGCUCGAGGCGCGGAACUCUGCCGCGUCCUCCUCCUCCGCGACGCAGACUGCAUGCGCAACUUCGGCCACCUCUACGACCGCCUCCAGUCGUUCACCAUCGGUCCCGUGAUCGCGCCGCUCGAUACGUGCGGAUUCGCGAUUUACGACGACGGCUCGUUGUACCAUCAUGCGGUGCAGACAUAUCUGCAGUUGUGUGUGCGGUAUCCGUCGUUCAGGGAGGGGAAGGACGCGACAAUCACGAUCCUCCCCGACCUGCCACCGCCCGUCCACCCAACCCCUCUCGAGACUCUCCUAAUCGACCGAGCCCUCCACGCGCACUGGGACUUCCUGCGCCUCUUCCUCCUCUCCUCGCACGGGGGGUUGCUUCGCUCGGCGGUACGGUCGUUCGCGGGCGUCAAGCUGAGCAAGGUGGAUUUGUUGAGUGUGUGCGAUGAUACCAAGGCGGUAAUCGAGGCGUUGGAGAAGAGCAAGAAGAGUAAGAACGACCGCAUCCUCCCCUACGAUCCCUCGAUCUCGCAAAUCCGCAACGCCUGGCGGCAACAAGCUCUGUGGGACCCGACGGCUGAACUGGUCCUGUGGAGCGCGGCGACGACGCAUUUCCUCGAGUUGAGCGCGUUGUUCCCGCAGUUUGGCGGUGGAGUGAGGGAGUUGCCUGGGUUGGAGAGCUUGUUACAGCGCACGACGGGGCAGAACGGGGUAAUAGCGAUGCAGUCAUAG